AUGAAAUCUCGCAGAGUUUUCAAAGCUUACGAGAUUAAGGAAUACAAGGAAAUGAUCUCCAUUUUAUCGACCAUCAGUGCUGACACUUUCCAAGAAAUCAAGUAGGAAGACAUGACUAUUCUGCAUCAUGCAGCUUUUGAUGGAGAUAUUGAGGCAGUUGGGAUGAUGACUACUCUACCUUACUUCAAGGAUAUCGUGAAUACCAACAAUAAUAAUGUAAAAUAGACCAUCCUUCUAAUUAGUCAAUCUUUGUAGUCAGGAUGGACUCCUUUAUUGUGGGCUUCUUCAUAGAAGAAUGUGAGCAUGGUCAAGUUUUUGCAUGAGAAUGGAGCCGAGUUAUUGCAGCCAAAGAAGGAUGGCUUUACAUCUUUGCAUGUUGCUUCUAGUGGCAAUGAUGUGCACACACUUGAUUACGUUAUCAAGAAAAAGGAAACCAACUCAAUUGAUCUUGUUAAUUAAGACGGUUGGACUCCAGCUCAUUUAGCAUCAUUUUUGGGAAACUUUGAUGCUCUUAACUUGUUGAUUGAAAACGGUUCAGACUUGAGCAGAAAGCACUUUCACAAUAUGAAUUGUUUCGAUGAGAUCGUGAGAAAUGACAAUAAAGAUCUAUUUGAGUGUGUUUAUACCCUCACUAAGAAUAUGAAAAGAAAUCUAAAGCUAGCUGGCGCAUUUUCAAUAGUGCAUUUAGCUUCAGGUAAUACAGGCAGCAAAUGCUUGAAAUUUCUUCUUGAGCAAGGAGAGUCAGCAAACUAAAUCUGCAAUGAAUUUGAUAAAGCUACGCCUCUACACUUUGCGGUUCUUUGUAAUAACUACGAUAAUGCUAAGCUGCUUUUGAGGCACAAUGCAAGUCCUAACUAGAAAGAUUCUGCAGGAAAUACUCCUAUGCAUUUUGCAGUAAUGGCUCAAAACCUGUCUAUGGUAAGAAUGCUAGAUGAGUACAAUGCGGAUGCCUAAAUAAAAAAUUUAGAAGAGAUCUGCCCGAUAGAUAUAGCUAUAAGCUAAGACCUUAGAGACAUUAAACUUCACUUCAUGGCUUAGACAAAAUAUAGAUCAUUUGAUUUUCAAGGAGUUAACUGA